AGUUACAUCGUUUGUGCAUAUCGAGUAAUCCUAAACAACACUGUGAGGAUCGCGGGGAGGCCCACCAAGGAGGCGCAUCACCGACAAAAAGAUGUCCAAAGAUGGCACGCCGCAAGCUUCGAAACAACGGCGCAGUGUCUGCAGGCUGCUCCUCGAGAAAAAUAGUGGAAAAUAGGACCGACAGGAAGGUACUGCAUAAUCGACUCAGAGACAACAUUGAUCUACAUCAGUUGGCAAAAGUCUAAGCUGGUAUAGUAGGUCCUUCUCUCGAUAUUCAGGCUUGCCUUGCCGCGAACAUCACCUGGUGUACUUUCGCAAGGGCAACGCAGAAAGUGCGAACUCGAUUCUCUUUAUCGUGGAUGGCUUGGCUUUUCCUUGCUGAUUAUGGAUGCGCCCUUGAACCUCGACCGAGGUUCAGCAACUUUCGGAGUGGGCUCAACAGGAAGAUGAACUCUCUCACGAAAAGCUGUACUUUUUUCUUGCACAUCGCAAUAACCACAUCGUACUGAAUUUUGGUUUGAGUAACUUCCCAACGCUUGUCUGUCACCAAUUAUCAUGUCGUUUCGGUUCUGUGCCUCCCUCAUUUAUUGUGAUAAGCGCAUCCUGGUAAACAACUAAGGACCGGUAAAGAAAAAAAGCCGGCAGAAGCUGACAACAUCGAAGAAAAGACGGCAGAAGCUGACACCGAAGAAAAUCCGGCAGAAGCUGAGACCGAAGAAAAUCCGGCAGAAGCUGAGACCGAAGAAAAGCUGAAAGGCCCUAAGCCUGGGAUGAUGAGCAAACUCAAGAACGGGUUCAAGAAGAUGAACUUUCGCAAGAGACAGCCGUGCUUAGUUUUGUACAACAUUAUAGAUAUUUUUGACUUUGAGUAAAUUGCAGAUGCCAAUCUUCACAAAUCAUAUCCUACUUCGUCUGAAUUUUUAGGGUGACAAAGGCGAAGACGAAACAAGUGGCGACAAAAGCGAAGACGAAACAAGUGGCGACAAAAGAGAAGGGUGGGUUCACCGGAGACGACUUUGCCAGCGCAGACCAGCGCUUGCAAAGAGAAGUUCGCGAAAGACAGAAAAAGUGGCAGGAAAAGUAAUUUAAAUAAUGCAAUAAUUUCUUCUUGAUCAUCAUGAAGAUACCUUCUACUUGUUUAUUAUACACUUAUGGCGGCGAUUUUGAUCUAACUUGCUACUUUCACGGUGACGUUGAGUCUCUGGCGUCCUCAUCUCGAUUUACUCAUGUGCUUCCAUUUCGAUAUCCUUUUGCCAGACCAUUAAUGUUGCCAAGGCUUCUAUCACAUACUACUGCUUGCUAUCAAUUCGAUAAAACUCCUGAAACAUCACACCACCGACCAGCCCUGCCAGCAUGCGCGUUUUAAUGCACCGUUUGUGGGAUUCUGCUCGUAAAGCCAGCAAGAAGAGCAGAGUUACCACUUUCAAAAGGAAAUGCAGCAAACGUGUUCAAAACUCUGGAAGAAUUUUAGCUCCACGGCAGAAGAGGCUGACUUCUGGCUUUGUGGCGCGAAGAAGAGCCACGGACUUGCGGCGCCCACAGUACUAUAGAACUUUUUGCCAGGAGCGGCAUCUUUCCUGUCACGACACUUUUGAGUUCUCUGACCAAUACUUUCCUUACUGAUCACUUUGAAAUUCUAUCCUUGGAAAAAUGAACAAUAUUAACUACACCCUCGUAUAAAUAAUGAAAAUGAUUACUUAUUACCGUAGGGGGUCUACUUAGUCGUGCUGAGUUUUCAGAAAACUACUUGAAUCAGGGAAGACUGAAACUGGGACCAUUGACUGGCAUAAAGUGGAACAAAAAUCGAGAUUUUGGAAAGCAAAAUUCGGCUGCGCUGGUGAAAGGAAUCUCCGACAUUCAGGAAAAAUGCUGCGGGACGGUUCAAGGGGUUACGUACUACGCUUAAUUUGGAUUGACCUUCGUUUUUAAUGUUUCUAUUUGAUUUAUAACUUUGCUUUGUGGCUGGAAUAUGUUGAAGCAAGAGUAGCGUUUUUCUGAAGUCUUGCAAACGUUUACUCCUAGUGCGCGAGGAAUGGCUGAUCUCUGUGUAUCAGGUGCAGAAACUUCCAGAAUCCAAAAUCUGGACUAGGAUGCUAUCGCUGUGCAUCUGCACUGACAUACAUCUGAAGCUGCAUGAGAAUCCAAAAUCCGUUUCUUUUGCGAAUCAAUGUUCACUUCUACGUCAUUUUUGUUGUUAUGCCGUCCGACCCCCAACAAAUAUUAAUGAUUUUAUCUUCCCAAAGGAGAGAGGCUCCGAUCCCGGAAGGAACAAGCACGAAAGUGCCAUGUUCACAGACUCCGGGCUUGGCGUUCAGUGCCAUCAAGAUGGGGCACACCCCGGUCGUCGACCAGAGCAGCAGGUCUGCAUUGCAGAAUGAAGGCAAGCUCUGGUGGAAAGAGGGGAAAGUGAGUCGCUGGGUCGAAGAGCUGUGCACCGACGAAAAGAGCACCCCAGCUCUAGAAGGCCCAAAGUUGGUGGACAAGAUGGGGAAGAGUAAGGCCUCAGCGAGCCUCCCGGCUUAUGUUGUCUCUCAAACCAAAAGCGUGGGUUCCUUACUGACUCGCAAAGCCUUCUACAGUGUUCCCGAUGGUGCCUGUUAAGGCCUGUGCUCCUCAAAACUGCGCCAGGCUGUAAAAGCAACCUAUUGUUUGUUUGUUUGUAUCAUGCCUAUUAAUUAAUCUUCGUCUUCUAAAUUGUAUCAUAGAUAAAAGUAUUUCUUGAUCAAUAUCUUUAUAUUCUACGGUAUUCUACUGAGUUAUUUUUACCGUUGUGGUACCAGGAGUUAGGUACAUGAACUCUCAUCUCCAGUAUUUUUUUCUCAAUUUUUCACAUCCUCCACUGAGUUGUCUGACUUAUAGCUAAAGUUUAUCUUCGCUUCUCUUUCUCCUUCUUUCUUUCACUAGCUUUUCUGUUGUUUUUUUGCGUUGAUAAAACUUGGAAAAAACAAGGUCCACGUGGUGGAGUCGCCACAGAUCUACUUGUGAGGGCGAAUGAAUGGGUGAAUGAAUGAGUCACAUGUAGACAGAUUUUUUUGCGACUCCUCGACUGAUUGCCGUUCUGAACAGAUAAUGAUGAGGAUGAUGAUCCCUGAGCUAUAGUAGCAUCACAGCGAUGUCAUUCUUCCUGAAGAAUAACAAGUAUGAAGCUUCUGCUGAAGUAGUUCUCCUACAACCUGUUGUAGACUAAGACUAAGAAGACAAGGGGAAACGAGUAGCGGCCGCUGUGGUAAGCCCAUCGCUGCCCGCUACGAUAGGACGGGGGCCGAGCUAGGAGGUGGCGAACAAAGAACGAGCAAGGAGGAGACAAGAAAGGAAGCACGCGAAGACAAAAAGAACGAAGACAAAACGAGAACGCGAAGAACAGAGCACGCAGGCCGCAAAAACGUCAACCGAACCCGGCCGCGCCUCACCGCCAGGCGCUACCUACGCGCAGUCGCCGCCGCCUGCAGCACACCGCGCCCGGCAUGCCACAAAAGCCGCAGCUGGCGGGGACUGUGGCGACCGGACAUACCAUAGUCGAUCGCAAUGACGACCAUAGCACUACACACACAGAGCACAAAGAAAUCCGGCGGGAUCGUAUGCGUCGCCCGGAGCGCAUCAAAACAAACAAACAAACUAACUCUCUCCGUCCGCUACUUGACUUUUUUAGUUCGAGAAGGUGAGUCGAAUAUUGUCAUCGAGAUUUCUAAGUUCCGUGGUGGUGGAGUGACCAUUACGGCAAUCCGAUGAAAACCGCGAAAAAUUUCCUUGCGGAAGGCUGCUGCAAGCUAGAGAUGACUUUUAUGUCUAGUAGUUUUUGGUCAUCUGCUCGUCUUGAAGUUGUGGUGGAAAACCCUGGUAUAGAGCUGGGGUUGGGACAACUUCGAAGGAACUCACUCCAGACAAAACGACGAAAAACUAGCUCUAACGAAAGAAGAAGAGAAAGAGGAAGCGGAACGACAGGCAGCUAAGGAACGCAGGAGAGCAAAGAGGAAAGAGAAACUGGAGGAGUAGGAGGGGAGCUGUUGCUGAGGGGUAGGAUUCUAUGUCAUAAAGAUUUAGGCAUGCGAUAACUACAUGCUGUGAAAUACCGCGCACCUUUGUUGAAUCCCACUGGUCGUACGUAAAAAGUUCUCAGCUUGCGUCGUCAUUCUCUUUAUGGUCUCAUGCUGCUUUUCUCUUGUCAUUAUCUUCAUUUCUCCAAGGAUAAUUCAAGUAGAUUAUAGAGGCAAGGGCAACGCGAGUCACACACCAUGCAUGCAAAGUAAAAGAGUCAUGUAAGAAGUAUCUUGAACGGAAGCAACGCUGUAUGUUCUUGUUGGGCCGAUUAGUUAGCGUAGCAUUUCAUCUAGUGUUGGAACACGCUAUGCGUCCCUGCUUGUGACGAGCCAGCCAUGAGGGGGGGGGAACACGUAUUGGAUGAUUCACGUGGGUGAUUCACGUAUUGAUUAAUCCUAACGAUGAUGUGAUCUGUUGUGGAACGAAGAAAAGAGCUGACAUGCGGGUACAACAGAUGAUGAAAAGGAUUUACUUCGACUUACGGGGUACAUUGUUGUAAUGCCAUUCAUUGAAGCCUGUCGUAAAUAAUCAGCCUGCAGCAAUAUCAUAAGGGGAUAGAAUUUGACUUCGUGUUACAUCAACUUCUUGUAUAUCGCGAAGCGAGUAUCAAUGAGUUUUAGUUUUCCAUUUUCCGGCUGGCCGUUUCUUCUUCUACCGUUCGCUUUGAUCUCUCUCCACGCUUUGAUGAAGAUUGUUGGCGAUGCUACGGUGUGUGCACGAAGGAAAACGUUAUGUCUCGCGU